CUAGUGUAACACGGCCGAAUAGCGGUACGCGGUGGAAACCAGCCGGGCAACCUCCACCGCUCGUCAUCGUCGUUCAGCGCUUCAGUUCGUCGCCUAUCGCUGUACAUGACGGUUGUCGGGCGCGUGAACCCAUCGUAUGCGCGUCUCGCAAAAUACAAACUGAGAGCAGAAAGAAAAAAAAAAAACAACAAGCACAACACGGAGAAAGAGAAGAACCAGACGGGGAGACAACGGAACGGACUGUGUCGAGUGACAUAGUACGGAGUUCGAUCGGACGAACAACCGUCGGAACAGUAUCACACACGAGAUAGUUUGUUUUUUUUUUUUAUUUUUACCCCGAUUUCGCGAGCGCUCUGAAGUUGUCUCGUGUACACGCAGCGCCGGCGACACAGUACAGUACAGUGGAGAAGCCUCUGCGGAGUGUGAAAGUGGUGAUGAUCCAGUGCGCGUAAAACGUCGCGAAAUUUAUUCGCUCGUAUCCCCGUAUCCCCGAAGAAUUGUCCCCGAGAUUCUCUUCUCCGCGUAUUCGCGCUCGCGAAGCGAUUCGCGUCGGUGGUGAAAGAGAACGAACGAACGAACAAGGGAUAGACGAAGAGAGACAGCGCACGCGAGAGAGGAGCCGCGUACACUCUCUCUCUCUCCCCGUCGCGUCGCGCGCGCGGUGCACCGUCCACCUUUCGCGUUGCCGCGAGUACACGGGAUAAAAUGGCGCUUGCUUUCGUCCGUGCACCUCUAUCGACCGUGACGGACUGUUCGGCGGAAUCGCGUCGGCAUCGCUCGCAUCCCUUCUGAGGAAAAAACGACACACGUUGUCCGUGACACCCGGCCGUCAUCGUCCCCCUUUUUUCGCGAAACCGUCGUCGACAUUCGCGCAGUUCGUCGUCGUGCCCCUUUCUUUCUCCUCGAGGCAACCGUGCGCGGAGAAGUAUCGUGUGUGUGCAAGUGCAUCGGGAGCUUUUAUCGAGAGUGCAGCGCGAUUACGGAGCGGCAGUUUCGGAGCGGAACGUCGAUCCCGGAGCGAGUGCAGCCUAUAGACUCAGCCAGCCGGUGAAAUCGCGCGCGCUCGUCAGUGAUUGCAAACUUCGAUCUACGCCGAAGAUUGGAAGUGGAGGACGCAGCAAAGCCAGACCGAGCCAGUCUACCACACAAUCGUAUCGCCAUGUAAAGCAACGGGGGAAAAUUGAUCUCCGCUCGUCAUUAAGAGAAACCACGUUCAUAGAUGAAGCGAGACGACAAAUAGAUGCGCUUUCGGUUCUGCGAUAUAUCGACUAUCGCGUACACAACCGUCGAACUCCCAGCAUUACCAUCCAUUCCAAGUUAUCGCGGCGUCAAGAAAUAUUGAGCGCGUGCAUGCUCGUGCGCUAAGAACCUCCGGAUAGAUAGAAAGAAAAAAGAAAGAAAAAAAAAAAAGGUGAGGCCGUCGGGACGAUAAGCUGGAGCAUAAGCUGGCAGGGAGGAAGGUGGUGGCCGGUGAAGGAGGCCGAGGAGGUGGUGGUCUCGACGAAGAGGGCGGAGGAAGUCGGCGGUGGCGACCGGCGGUGGUUGCUGCACGUCGUCGGUUGCCGUGAAACGACGCGCGAGACGACGGCGACGACGACGACUACUACGCUGCUGGGGGACGAAGCGACGCGUGAAGGAGGCAUGAGGAGGCGAGAGUGACGACGCUGUGCUGCAUCCUCGCCCAGAUCGUGAGAGGACCGGCGGCAGUGGGGUCCUCACACACGGCGAUAAGAAUGGCCCCCUUCAAUAUGGCAGGCGUAGCAGGCCUUCUAGCCACCUGCGCCGCCGUUGCUGCUUCCGCUGCCCACCUUCUGCCGUUGUUGCUGUUGCUAAUCUGCCCGCGAGGGACACAGGCGGAACAAGUGGUUCUGUUGGACACGACGACGGAGGAGAAACUUGAAUGGACGAGAUUCCCGUAUGGGCCUCAAGCCAGCACUCCUGGCUGGGUCGAGGAAUCCUUCACGAAUUUCGACAAGGGAAUAAAUUGGCGGAGUUACGUUGUUUGCGACGUGGCGUACAACAACGUGAACAACUGGCUGUGGACGCCGUUCAUCGAGAGGGGCCCGGCGAACCGCAUGUACAUAGAAAUCAAAUUCACGACCCGCGACUGCUCGCUAUUUCCCGGGAACGCGCUCAGUUGCAAGGAGACCUUCAGUCUGCUCUAUUACGAGUUCGACGCCGCCACCAAGGAGCCGCCUCCGUGGGAGCCCGAGAGUUAUAAGCUUAUCGGUCGCAUCGCCGCGGGCGAGGGAAGGUUCAACACGAACGCCGAGGUGGUGAUAAACACGGAAGUGAAGUCGAUUCCGGUAACGAAAAAAGGCGUUUACUUCGCGUUUCGCGAUCAGGGCGCGUGCAUAUCGAUUCUCGCCAUCAAGGUGUAUUACAUCAGCUGUCCCGAGAUCUCGGUGAACUUCGCCCAUUUUCCGGCUACGCCGACCGGCAAGGAGGUCACGGUGAUCGAACAAACGAUCGGCACUUGCGUCGCGAACGCCGUCAAGAUCCAGGAGCCGACCUUCCUCUGCAAGGGUGACGGCAAGUGGUACCUUUCGUCGGGCGGAUGUCAUUGCAAGCCCGGCUAUCAAGCCGACAUAGAUAAGCAGGAGUGCAAGGAGUGCCCGAUAGGUAAAUUCAAACACGACGCCGGCUCUCACGCGUGCGAACCGUGUCCGGAGCACAGCAAAGCCUCCGAUUACGCCUUCACCGAAUGUCGCUGCGACCCGGGUUAUUAUCGGGCGGAAAAGGAUCCCAAGAAAAUGCCUUGUACACAACCUCCUUCGGCGCCACAAAACCUGACCGUCAACUUUGUCGAUCAGUCGACGGUGAUCCUUUCCUGGAACGCGCCGCAUAUGCAGGGUGGCAGGUCCGACACGACUUACCGAGUGGUCUGCGACGCCUGCAGCAUGGGCGUCAAAUACAUUCCCAACACCGAAAUCUUCAAUGACACGAAGAUCACGAUAACCGGUUUGAACGCGGUGACCACUUAUCGCUUCCAAGUGUUCGCCGAGAACGGCGUGUCGUCGCUGGUCGGCAAGUCGGAAUACGUGGACAUCACCGUCACGACGGAGGCGAGCGUGCCCAGUCUGGUGAGCAACGUCCGAAUCACGAGCGUCAAGAGCUCGGAGCUCAGUAUCAGCUGGGACGCGCCGGUCAUCGAAGUCGGCGGUGACAAGAACGAUCUCGUCGAGAAAUACGAAGUGAGGUGUUACCCGCGCUACGACGACGCCACUAAUGCAACCGUCAUUCAAACGUCCGAACUGUCCGCCACGUUCAAAGGUCUCAAGCCUUCCACGGAUUACGCGAUACAGGUUCGCGCCAAGACCACCCGCGGCUGGGGCGAAUACACGCCGGUGGUAUUUAAGAAGACACCCCACGUGAUGGGUCUAGACUACGUCGGCGCGGAUGACAACCUGCGAGUUAGGAUAAUCGCAGGGGCGGUCGUCGCUGUGGUCGUGCUCCUCGUGAUUAUUAUAAUCAUGGCCGUUCUGUUCCUCAGAAGCAGGGGCUCAGACGAGUGCAACAAGAAGCAACCCAGCGACUGCGACACCCUGGAGUACAGAAACGGCGAAGGACUAGUUGUGACCUACAUGCACUGCAAAAUGGACAGUUCACCGAUUGUGACAACCCAUACCAACAACAAGAGCGAGUCCUCGCUGACCACGCCGCUGUUCACACCUGCAGUGGGGGUCGCCGCGGCGGGCGCAGGCGGCGCUGGCGGUGCAGGUGCAAGGAGUUAUGUGGAUCCUCACACUUACGAGGACCCGAAUCAGGCUGUACGGGAAUUCGCACGUGAGAUCGACGCCGGAUACAUCACGAUAGAGGCCAUCAUAGGUGGUGGAGAAUUCGGCGACGUCUGCCGAGGGAAGUUGAAAUUGCCACCCGACGGACGGACGGAAAUAGAUGUGGCAAUAAAAACAUUGAAGCCGGGCUCCGCGGACAAGGCUCGUAACGAUUUCCUGACGGAGGCGUCGAUAAUGGGCCAGUUCGAGCAUCCGAACGUGAUAUUCCUGCAGGGCGUGGUGACGAAGAGCAAUCCGGUGAUGAUCAUCACGGAGUUCAUGGAAAACGGCAGUCUGGACACUUUUCUGCGCGCGAACGACGGCAAGUUCCAGGUGUUGCAACUGGUGGGCAUGUUGCGCGGCAUCGCGAGCGGCAUGCAGUAUCUCGCGGAGAUGAAUUACGUUCACCGCGAUCUCGCCGCGCGGAACGUGUUAGUCAACGCUGCUCUGGUUUGCAAGAUCGCUGACUUCGGACUCAGUAGAGAGAUCGAAAGCGCCACGGAGGGAGCUUACACGACCAGGGGCGGCAAAAUCCCGGUACGGUGGACGGCACCGGAGGCGAUAGCGUUCCGUAAAUUCACAAGCGCCUCUGACGUCUGGAGCAUGGGCAUCGUCUGCUGGGAGGUGAUGUCGUACGGCGAGAGGCCGUAUUGGAACUGGUCGAAUCAAGAUGUGAUAAAGUCAAUCGAAAAGGGCUACAGGCUUCCGGCGCCGAUGGACUGUCCGGAAGCUAUCUACCAACUGAUGCUCGACUGUUGGCAGAAGGAGCGUACUCACCGACCGACCUUCGCCAAUCUCACGCAGACUCUGGACAAGCUGAUACGAAGCCCGGACACGCUUAGAAAAAUCGCUCAGAACAGGGGCACCACUCCACUGGCGCCGGACGCGGUGGAUCUAACGCAAUUGACUUCUGUCAGCGAGUGGCUCGCCUCCAUCAAGAUGUCGCGAUACGCGGAGAGCUUCGAACAGGCGGGUGUGACGACGCUGGAAGCGGCGGCGCGCGUUACCGUCCAGGAGCUCACGGCUCUUGGCAUCACGCUUGUGGGACAUCAGAAGAAGAUAAUGAACAGCGUGACGGCGUUACGAGCGCAAAUGUCCGCCACCUCGCAAGGUUUCCUCGUGUAACGUCCGUCAAUCGGUUUUCCCAGAUUCCUGCGAACGCAAAUCGGCCGACAAAUCGGCUGAUCGCGCCACGGAAAUUUUGCCCCACCCUCAAGGAUCUCACGUAUUCCAACUCCUUCGACGCGUCCGUCUAGCAAAAGACGACACAUAUAUCACCCAGGAUUCGUGAUUACCUAGUCAGAGCGACGAUAUAUAUUUCCCGAGAGAAUAUCUCUUCUCGCGCGAGUAGAUACGUGUACCAACGGUAGUUGACCUCCCUCCCACCGCGAGAUGAACCUCGCGGCAUCUCCGAAGCGACUCGCGAACGCUGUUUCACACUUCUCAACCGAGAAAUUCGAAAUCACUCACUGCAGACAUUCCACGUAAAAAGAACUUGAACAUUCAUCAAGUUUUACACUUCCCGGUCUAGAAGACCGGAACGAGAGGAAAUGUACGAGGACCACGUAUUCGUCAUCUCGAAUCACACACAUACAACGACUUACUGAGUUACCGCGAAACUUUCGAGUGAGGAAUCGCUGUAAUUCGUGAAUACAAAUAAUUUACAUUGUCCGGAUCAGGACAUUCUUUGAUUUUUUUUUAAUUUUUUUUUUAGAAAAACUCAACGGGAUCAAUAUUUAACACACAUUGUAUAAGGAACUCCCGAACACAACGAGCGCCGAUCCUGUCAUUCGUUUCCUAUAGGCCUGUUUCUCUGAUAUACCGAUAUACGUAAGAUCAGACUGACGACGGAGACAAACGAGCCAUUUCUUUGAAAUCACUGCCGUACAAACCCUGUGCUCAAUCGUAUUUUGUCGAUAAACGAAAGCGCUCUCUUCUCUGUUAAUUUAAAUCUGUGUCAAAUCACACAAAUAUGCGUUGCAUAAUUUUGCAGAGAAACAAUCACACAGUGUAUAUAAACGAUAUUUACUUCCGUAAAGAUUUUUCGAUCAUCUGUUUUUCAUCAUUUGUCGCGCGUUUUGUCGGUUUUUUUUUUUUUUUUUUUUUUUUUUGACCGAAUGACUCUUUCGAUUUUUUAGUGUAUGUAAUACGUAUCGAAACGUUUAAAUGACGAACUACAUAUCGGCCUAAAAACUGUCAUUCGAACACGCGUCUGUGCUCUCUCGGCCUCUCGCUUUUUUCCUACACGUAUAUACUAAAGUUACAGUCGAUAAUACGCUGAUAAUAAGAAAACAAUUAGACUAUAGUAGAGAGAAACCGUAUCGCGAACUACUGUAUCAAAAAAAUAAAAAAAAUAAAAAAAAAUAAAAAAAAAAUAAAUAAAUAAACAGGCCGUAACAGUUCUCGAGAUUCUGUCGAUGUAGCGUGACGCACGCGAUGCAACAUAGAUUUUCAUUACUUACUCGUCAGUCAACGUAGCGAAUAACACUGCACUUAUUGUACACACACCCUCGUCGCCUCGACAACCGAGAACGAAUCAAAGUGAGCGAGACAAUGUUAAUUCUUGACGAUACGAAAUUAAAAAGGUUCUUGCCUUUGCGUUACUUUAUACACGAGAGUGACGGUCUAUGUAGAUGUAAUCUUUGAAUUAGCGAUAACGAAAGGAAACGAGACAGACGAAGCGGGGACAUGUGCCAACGCGAGUGUGCAAGACACUUACUUUUUAGCGCGAGAUAGCUGCGUGCGACGCGAGACAAAUGUGUGAGAAAAAUAACAACGAGAGAAUGCGCGUGCGAGUGCGAGAGCGUGAAUGAGGAUCGAGUGGUGGUUCGCAGCCCUGCGCUAUAUUCGUGUGCACACGAGCGUAUGCGAUCGCGAAAUUAUUCUAUAGAAGAUAAAUACUGUAUUGAUGUAAUGAAACGCGAGGCACACACUUCGAUUAGAAUGGAACGCACGGCGAAGAAAUGUUUCCGGUCGGAAAAGAGGAAUCUCUCGCUCGACGAGUACCUCCAAGAACGUCGUCGAGAGAAAUAAACGAUUACAAAGCGUGUCCCCUCAUCGACAAGCAAUACAUUAACAUAUCAACACUAUCCGGAGUGCGAUGUUGUUGUUGCUCGACGAGGAUCGAGACGACUUCGAUUGCAAGUUGAUCGUUCUUUCCCCGGCAGACGACAAAAGAAACGUAGAGAGUCGGAAGAGGGAAAUGCGUGGAAAAAUAAGAAAACGUAAAGUCGGAGGUAUGAGAUAUGCGGUGCAAGAGACAUCCAUCGAGUGGAUCGUAUUUUUUAUUUUCACAAUCCGAUUGCGAGAGGUUUCUCUGCGAAGAGCAACGUCCGUUUGUGCAAUGUACGCGGUAUUUUCACGAGAAGAAAUUCUCUUUUUAUUUUAGGAGAUAAAAAUCCGAACGAGAAAAGCUGCUUGCUUCACCGUGUGUCUCGUUGCACCUGCAUUUAUCUGUAAAAAUUGCUUUCCGGAUCGCGACUUAUACCACGUACGGGAUGUUAUCGGGAUGUUUAUUCGAGAAACGUACAAUCGGUUAGACAAAAUCUACGCGCACGUGAAAUUUACGCGAAACUGACUUCUGAAGCGAGUCGCGGAGAAAUGUGUUAUUUUCUAAUUUAGCGGUCUAACACACUGUAUACAGCGAUGUAGUCGACACGACGCGUCGAAGCGACGACGGAUGACGGCGGACGAGAGCGGAACGCGCGAAAUUUCGCGUCCAAAUGGAACAACGACAAAGCGGAGAACAGUAGCUCUUUCGCGACCAGCCAAUUCUCUAGCCACUAAAUCUUCUCCCUCCGAUCGCAAAAAAAAAAAAAAAGAAACAAUUGACGAGAGUCGCGCCUGCGAGCGACGAGAUUGAUUGGUUUUGCUUCCGUCUCGAAACGCGUUUCAAUUGUUUCCCUCGUGAAACGAGACGCUGUUUCGAGAGCUGUCACAGACAAGAGAGUUCUAAGAACGUCGAGAGUACGCUCUGCACAAUUAUUUUGUAACUUGAAACGACAAUAACUCGUCGUUGCGCAGCUACUUUGUGAUACAUUUUGUCUGCGCGAUGAUGCGUGUAACGAGUGUGAGUUACAUGAAGCGCGUUGUAAAAGUUACAAAAUAGGUGUCUUUCGGUUCGUCGUGUUUCCUUCCGUGUUUCGCGAAAGAAACGAGAGAACGCAGAGAGAGCGAUCGCGGGAAGCAAACGCGACGAUGACUAGAUCUCCCUUGGAAAGAAACAAAAAUAGAAAGAGUGAGAGAGAAAGAAGGCUAUUGAGAACGGCGACGAUUAAGAAAGCAAUACGUGAAUACACGCAAAUGCAGAUUUUUAUAUAGAAAAUGUUAACAAAUUUCAGAAGAUAUUAAUUAUCGAUAGCGCUAUCUUCCUAAAUGUUCGUAUUAAAAAGUUAAACAAAAGAAAAAACGUACGAUAAAAAAAAAAACGUAUAAGAACGGCGAGAUGAAAAAUCGCGCGAAAUCCUGACCGAGAAGAACAGAGAGAGCUCGCGCGCGAGUCGAAUUCUUCGCGCCGCGAUCGAUUGAAGUAAAUAAUAAAAUUAGUCGGACAGGAUUCCGCAUGCGAGAGAAAGAGAAUCUUAAGAAAAAAAAAAAAACUCUCAAGCUAAAUAACUAUCUGUGUUUUAGCAAAAACGAACCUGCGAGUGCGACCUGAAGUUUUGAGGAUGUUGUUAAUUUCGACGAAAAUAUUUAGAUUUCAUAUAGAGCUCUAUCAAUAUAUCACACAUACACACACGACAUACGUGUAGGCGCAAAACAGAGAAAAUAGACAAAAAAAAAAAACUAAAUCAGAUACAGUUUUGUAAGAACGAAAGUAUAUCGUACGACUUCUCCGAUUUUUCUUUCGUUUUUUAUUUUUUAUUUUGUUUUUUGUUUAUUUUUUUUUACUCACUCUCGAUCGUCCUGUGGUUUUUUCCGUUUCAGAAACUAUUUUAGAAAGAAAGAUACGCGUCACACUUCCAAAACUUUUGAUCGUACGUGUAAUUUCGGUUAUCUCGUAUAAAAGUUUUAUUACAAGAGCGUGAGAGAUGAGAUCGAACGGAAAGGAGCAACGGAGAAAAAGUCCAAAAAAUCAAUCAAAAUCGCCUCAAAUCGCACGACAAUUUUUCUUGCGAUAUGUUUAUUUUUAUUUUUUAUUUUUUUCUAUUUUUUUCCUUGAUUUUCUGACAGAUAGAGGAAGCGAGAACCACGAUGUGAUUAAAAAUAAUAAUAGACGAAUCGCCUCUCGCGUUUUAUUGUGUACCACUACCUAUUUAUUAAUAAAAGAAGAACUUAUUUAUUGUUUAGAGAGAGAGAUCUGACUAAAUUGCAAAACGUUUUAAUUAUCGUAAGUUAUCUAUUAAUUAUUUAGUGCGAGAGAUAUAUAUGAUGGGGUCAGAACGACGCGCGCGUAAUAUAAUUCUUUUUUUUUUACUUUUGGAGUUUUUCGAAAAACUCUGUCGUGUAAAAAAGUAAUAAUAAAAACGAAGUACAGCUACAGUGAUAAAUACGAUCGUUGUAUCGAAUUUGUAUGUGUGCAGCUAUAUAGAUUUAUAUAUAUAUAUAAAUAUUAUAUAUUAUAUUUAGUUAAGCGUUAAUUUUAAAAAAUACUAGGAGCGCGUGAUUUUUUAUUUUUUAUUUUCUUACUUUUUCUUUCCGCAGUGAACUCUGUCAAAGUACCUGCUUCAAAAAAAAAAAAAAAAAAAAA